AUGGCUGUUGCAAAUGGAUCUGUAAACAUCACAGAAGCUUUUCCAUAUAUCAGGUAUGGCUUGACUGGGUUUCUGAGAAAGUCUUCCAACCCCCCCCCCCUCAAAAAAAACCCACCCUUCUCUAGCUUCCAUCUUUUCAGGAAGUCAAGUUAUUCUCUGUAUUGAAGAGAACCCUUUUGAGUGACAGCCUCAAGCCUUGUGGAACAGGCGGGCCAUAGCCAACCUGAUGUUCUCCAGAUCUUCCGGUCUACGACUUCCAUCAGACCCAUCCAAAAUGGCUUUGGGGUGUGUGAUGGGGAGGAUGUGCCACUGUGUCCUUCACUUCAGGCAGCAAGAGGGCCUGGACCAGCCUAGAGAAGAAGGAUGGAAUAUUGCCCCAUCCAGGCCUAACUAGACUACCCAGCAAUCGGUGUGCAUCAUUUUCAGCCCUAGGACUCCCCUUUACCCCAAACACACACCUGGAGACCAAUUUCUCUCUUUUAUUUUAUACUCUAUCCUGUAUAUGGAUGGUAGCAGCGCAGCUGUGCUGUGACCCACUUUGGAUGAGGCUGCAAUCCAGUUGUGGGUCCCACCACACUAGCUGAGGAGGACCAAUGAACUAGGGCUGUUUCUGUGUACUGAAUUGCUUCUAUUGAUGGGCUGGGGGGAGUCUAAGGGGCCAACUUCUAAACUCAGCUGCAAUCUGUAUGAAUUCCCCCCUUGUCUUCCUCCAGCACAUGUGGCUCUUCCCCACCCCAGAGCUGUGUCUUUGGUCAAGUUCUUAAUCUAGGAGCUUUUCUAGGUAAGCCCUGUCUCUCUUGGUCUCUUUCCUUUUGCCACCAUGUGUCUCCAAUGCUCCAUAUUUAAUCAGGGACAGCCCUAACCUUUUAGUUCAGGGGCAGGGAACAUUUUCCUGGUCAAAGGGCCACAUGCCUUUCUGGGCAACCUUCCAGGGGCCACUUGCCAGUGGUGGGUGGGGCCAUGGGCAAAAGUGGGUGGAGCAACUAAUGCAAAUUUUACCUUUGGUACAGUAGGCUGGUUUCUACAGAGAUUCAUACACACACGCCUCUCUAUUCUCCAUCCAAGAGGCAUUGUCUGAGUGGAAGGACGCCUCUAGCAAAAACACUCAAGGAAGAUGCAAAGCCAAGCCUGUGAGGGGCUGGAAAGAUGUGUGGCCUGAGGAGACUCUUGAGAGCCAGAUAAAGAGAUGAGGAGGGUCACAUUUGUCCCCUGAGCCUGAGGUUCAUUCCUCUCCCAUUUUAAUUCUUAGCUCUGGUCAAUAACUGUCCAUAUUUCUGUCUGUGGAGGAUGCCCAGUUAGGAUGGUGUCGGUGCAGCAGGUGCAUGUGUGGAGGGGAACGAAUGCCGUGUUAGGGAUUCAUUGGGGAAGGAGUUGAAAAGAAAACCACCAGGCCUGUAAGCCCUUUCAACAAAUCUGCGCUGCAACGACACUUCGGAAGAUGCACCUUAAACAGGAUAUUGUAGUCCUGGCAAAGGAGCCAGGUGUUAUGUAGUGGUUAAGAGCGGUAGUCUUGCAAUCUGGGGAACUGGGUUCGUGUCUCCGCUCCUGCACAUGCAGCUGCUGGGUGACCUUGGGCCAGUCACACUUCUCUGAAGUCUCUCAGCCCCACUCACCUCACAGAGUGUUUGUUGUGGGGGAGGAAGGGAAAGGAGAAUGUGACGGGUAGUGAUAAAGCCGGAUAUCAAAUCCAAACUCUUCUUCUACGAUCAAAAUAACGGUGGGAUUGGAGCAACUGAAUCAUGAGGAAAGGUUGAGACUUUUUAGUCUAGAAGAAAGGCAAGCGCGGUGGAUAUGAUACAGGUGUACAGAAUUAUUAUCAUUGGAAAAAGCGGAUUGAGAGAGGCUUUCUUCCCUCUCUCAUAAUACAAGACCCCAAAGGGUUUUUGAGGAUUCAGGGCAGAUGAAAGAAAAUAAGGUAACUUCUCUCCCAGCACAUAGUUGAAAUAUGAAAUUUGCUCCCGCAGUAUGUAAUGAUAGGACACCAGUUUGAAUGGCUUUAAAAGAAUAUUAGGCAAAUUUAUGGAGGGAAAGGCUGUCUUCUACUUUAGAGUCUGCCUCUCAGUGACAUGUAUGGACCAUGUGGUGGCUCUGGGACAGCAAAUGAAAGGAUGGAUCUUAUCAGCCUCAAUAACUGACAUCUCUUCCAGGCGCAGUGAUCUGCUUUCUGAAAUACCAACAGGUGCGGGAUUAUGGCUGUCAUUCCCGUUUAAAUCUAGUUGGGCUCAUUUUCGGCCUACUCUGUGCCCUCGGGUCGUCUAUUGUGGGCAAUUUCCAGGUAAGAAGCUGCAGAUGGGGAGGGGGGUUGACAAGCCUUACCAAAAAUGAAGAGGAGGAGGUCUCAGUAGGGAUGGUCCUUAAAUGACAGGGGUGGUCAGAAGAGGCCCACCCAUCUCACCUUUGCUGGGGAUGCAGAAGAUUGUGGGGUAUUUGGGGGGGGUCUAGGAUGUUUCCCGAACAUCUCUACACACUUUAAAAAGGCGAUGGGGACGUGGUUUGUCUUAAAAUUGGGGCUUGUGAAUUUCAUUGAAAAGGAUUUCGAUGAACUAGAACAUGAAAUGGCCUUGGUGGGGUGGGAUUUUCUCUGUUGAUUUACUCUGUUCUCUUUCCCCUACAGGAAAAAAACCAGAUAGAAACCCAUUUAGUUGGGGCCUUCUUGGCUUUUGUGGUGGGCAUCCUUUAUUUCUGGGUCCAAACAUUCCUGACCAACCGAGUGAAGCCGAGGCACGGAGGAUGGUGGAUCGGGCCCCUCAGAUUCUCCCUCAGCUUCUGUGGUUCUGCCUUUCUCAUUGCCAGUAUCCUGAACUAGAGCGUUGUCUUUAAAGAUGCAGGAGGGGAAAUUGCGGAGUACGCAGAGGGCUUUUAUAAGGAUCCAUAGAUCAGCGGCAGAGCAUCUGCUUUGCAUGCAAAAGGUCCCAGGUUCAAGUCUCUCAGCAUCUCCAGGUAGGGCUGGGAGAGAUUCCCUGCCUAAAAUCCUGGAGAGCUGCUGCCAGACUGUGUAGACAUUACUAGCUUGGAUGGACCAUUGGUCUGACUCAGAAUAAGGCAACUUCCUGUGUUCUAAGGGAAGAGACAGGUAUUAUCUACAUUAUUAUCAACAUGAAGCAGCUUGGGGUUAGUUGAUAGAUAGUGUGAUUGGGAGGUUGAAGGGCACAGUUUCACAUCUAUUAUCUCUUGCACCAAGUUGUUGUUUAGCCUCAAUUGGCUUUUCUUUGAUGUGCUAUGCAGAACUGGAAACACACUCACUCGUAUCCUUAGGGACUGGCUUCAAGUGGUCCCGAAGAAUUUCUUUAAAAAAUGUUCUUAGUAUUUAUUAGGAGCCCAGGCAGCCCAGAACCUGGGACUUUUCUGAGGCCGGUGCCAGGAGUUGGCAUGGCCAGGCAAAUGCCCUUAGCCUGGCAUGAGGGGACGGAGCAGACACCACUGGCAGCAGUUUGCUAGCUCUGUUGUUGCCUGUUUGUUUGCUCACCCACCCACUGGCCCAAGGGGGACGGGCAAAUGAGAAGCAGCAACAUCUCCUGCUGUUGUCACUGCUUGCUUGCCAGUUUUCCCUCUCGAGCUGGUAACAGUGGCCGUUAAGGAGGCUGCGGCUUACCAAAUGCAUCUUGUGAGAGUCCUGCCCCACAUCCAAAAACAAAGUGGAACUAGGUCUGGCCUCUCCUCAGUCUUGCCUAGGGCUGCAUAUACACCGUGCAUUUAAAGCACAUUCUACCCCAUAAUAAUAAUAAAAGACCUGGGAACUGUAGUUUAAGGGUGUUGAGAAUUGUGGCUCUGUGAAGGGUAAACUAUUGUUCCCAGGAUUCUGUGGAGGAAGCUACAUGCUUUAAAUGCAUGGUGUGUGUGCAACCUAUAUCUCUUUUGGGAAUAACAGAUGCACCGGCUCUGGCUCCUUUUUCCUUGACUCCUUUAAUCCCAGCGAUUGUGCUCUUUUUCCUGAAGCUGCAUUCUGAGUCAGCCUACUGCGAAUGGGCCCUGGCCAUGGUCCUCUUCCUUCUCUUUGGGCUCUUUGCAGUGGAUUUCUGGCACAUGGGGACCUGCUCAGUUCACGUCUAUCACCAGCGGGCAGACCAAGCAGCUCAAGACAUGCAGACGUCAACGCAGACUCUCCCUCUCUGA